UGACGUCAUUCGACGAGCGCAGUAAGCGCAUUUGUGGAAUUGUUCAACAUGGCGGCGUUGGCUGGGCUACGUGCGUGUCUUCCCUCCGUACUCCAGUUCUCCACAUCAGGCCUAUUGCACAGCUCUUUUAAAGUGUGUGCGGUGCCUCUAAGCAGGAGGGGCUUUGCUGCGGAGGCGAAGAAGGUGUACACGAGAGAGAAGCCUCACGUGAACAUCGGCACCAUCGGUCACGUCGACCACGGCAAGACCACGCUCACCGCAGCCAUUACUAAGGUGCUGGCUGAAGCUGGAGGUGCCCGCUAUAAGAAGUACGAGGACAUAGACAACGCCCCGGAGGAGAAGGCCAGAGGAAUCACCAUCAACGCGUCCCACGUGGAGUACACCACCGCCAACCGGCACUACGGGCACAUCGACUGCCCUGGCCAUGCCGACUACGUCAAGAACAUGAUCACGGGCACGGCGCAGCUGGACGGCUGCAUCCUGGUGGUGGCGGCGACGGACGGGCAGAUGCCGCAGACGCGGGAGCACCUGCUCCUGGCGCGGCAGAUCGGCGUGGAGCACGUGGUGGUGUACAUCAACAAGGCCGACGCCGUGGACGACCCCGAGAUGCUGGAGCUGGUGGAGCUGGAGAUCCGGGAGGUGCUCACCGAGUUCGGCUACGACGGCGAGAACACGCCCAUCGUCACCGGCUCCGCCCUCUGCGCCCUGGAGAACAGGAACCCGGAGAUGGGCGUGGACACUGUGAUGCGGCUGCUGGACGUGGUGGAUACCUACAUCCCCCUGCCCAAGAGGGAGCUGGACAAGCCCUUCCUCCUGCCCAUUGAGGGAGUGUACUCCAUCCCCGGCAGAGGUACGGUGGUAACCGGGACGUUGGAGAGGGGGGUGAUUAAGAAGGGCGAUGACUGUGAGUUUGUGGGACGCAACCGGUCCUUCAAGUCUGUGGUGACAGGGGUGGAGAUGUUCCACCAGUCCCUGGAGAGGGCGGAGGCGGGGGACAACCUGGGCGCUCUGGUCAGGGGGCUGAAGAGGGAGGACGUGAAGAGGGGGAUGGUCAUGAGCAAGCCCGGCUCCAUCCAGCCUCACCGAAAAGUGCAGGCACAGGUCUAUAUUCUCAGUAAAGAAGAGGGCGGCCGACACAAGCCCUUCAUGUCCAACUUCAUGCCAGUGAUGUACUCCCUGACCUGGGAUAUGACCUGCAGGAUCAGCCUUCCCUCAGGCAAGGAAAUGGUCAUGCCCGGGGAGGACGCGUCGUUGACCCUUGACCUCCGGCAGCCCAUGGUCCUGGAGAAGGGCCAGCGCUUCACGUUGCGAGACGGCAACCGGACCAUCGGCACGGGCCUGGUCACCGACGUACUGCCCGAGACCCCGGGCGAGAGCAUCAAAUGGGGCUGAGGGGGGAGACUGCGGGGGGGGGGGGGGGUGUAUCUAUACGUAGAUUUACAGCCACUGAACAGCGAUGGGCCGACAGACUUUCAGACAGACAGGGGCUUUGGGGGGGGGGGGGGAGACCACGAUUGCUUGCAUUCUUACUGAAAUAUUCUGGACGAUACUGUACGAGCUAUGGACAAUGAUGAAACCGGAGUCUUUCUGUCCAAAGGCAGAACCAAAAAAUAUUAGUUUCUUGUGUAAUAAAGAUGUAUUUACCACACGA